AUGUAUGGUCACACAACCAUAGAUAAGGCUGAAAAGUACAGCAUUUUCCUCACAGGACCAUGUUCUUUUACCAAGGAAGGAGAGGAAAAUAAAUGUUGUGGAACCUCUGACAGUCUUUGCCACAGGGACUUUGACUUCCAAUACCCCAGAGAAACCAAGGACUUUGAAAGCAUUUUUUUCCCAGAUGACUUUUUUACCCAUUGUUUUAGAGCACUCUGCUGCAAGGGUCCACCGCCUGCACGCCCGGAGUAUGACCUGGUCUGCAUAGGCCUCACGGGCUCUGGCAAGACCAGCCUGCUGUCCAAGCUCUGCAGUGAAAGCCCUGACAGUGUUGUGUCAACAACAGGUUUUAGUAUAAAAGCAGUGCCAUUCCAGAAUGCCAUCUUGAAUGUAAAAGAACUCGGAGGGGCUGAUAAUAUCCGGAAAUACUGGAGCCGCUACUACCAAGGAUCUCAAGGGGUAAUAUUUGUAUUAGACAGUGCCUCUUCAGAAGAUGAUUUAGAGAUUGCUAGAAAUGAACUGCACUCAGCUCUUCAGCACCCACAGUUAUGCACUUUACCCUUUUUAAUAUUGGCCAAUCAUCAAGACAAGCCAGCUGCUCGGUCAGUACAAGAGGUCAAAAAAUAUUUUGAACUUGAACCACUUGCACGUGGAAAACGCUGGAUUCUGCAGCCCUGCUCGCUGGAUGACAUGGAGGCACUGAAAGACAGCUUCUCUCAGCUGAUAAGUUUGUUAGAAGAAAAAGACCAUGAAGCUGUAAGAAUGUGA